AUGAAUCGCUUCCUCUUGAAGCGUUCGGGAGUAUGCACCCAGGAAGACGAAGCCGACAUUGUAUUCCUGGUCGAUGGCUCCUGGAGUAUUGGCAAAGACAACUUCCAGCAGAUGCGAAACUUCCUCUCCACGCUUGUAGACAGCUUUAAUGUCGCUCCUGACCACGUGCGCAUUGGUAUGGCUCAGUACAGUAACGAUCCACGGAAUGAGUUUCGGCUGAACACCUACCAAGACAAGCAGGAUAUUCUAGCGUCCAUCAAUAAACUGCCGUAUAAAGGCGGAGGGACCAUGACUGGGCUUGGAUUAGAUUUCAUCCUCAAAACGCAGUUUACAAAAGAAGCAGGGAGCCGAGCGAGUCAGGGCGUGCCGCAGAUCGCCAUCGUCAUAACAGACGGCCAAUCGCACGACGACGUUGGUCCACAUGCAGAAGACCUGAGGCGCCGGGGAAUCAUACUCUACGCUAUCGGCAUCAAAGACGCAGACAUAGACGAGCUGAAGAAGAUCGGUAACGAGCCCCAUAACCAGCAUGUCUACAACGUGUCAGACUUCAGCGCUCUGCAAGGCAUCUCGCUGAACAUCGUACACAAGCUAUGCACGUCUGUAGAGGAAGCCAAACGACAGUCACUCGGGUUUGCUGAUGUCUUUGUCCUGGUGGACAGUUCAAUAAAGCAACAGGCGCUGGUUAGGACACUUCUUACUCGGCUGGCAAACCAGCUCAACGUCAAUAUUGACACCAAUCGCAUGGGUUUGGCACAGUUCAGUGAAGACACCAAUGUUGAGUUUUAUCUUAAUCAGUACAACACCAAAGAUGACAUAGUUAAAAAAAUCAAGAGUUUCAGACUGAAGCCUGGCGGUCCAAGGAGAAUCGGGGCAGCGUUGGAUUUUGCCCGCGGCAUCUUGCUCAGCCCAGAGGUUGGGGCGAGACUCUACCCGGGCUUCAAACAGUACCUGGUUCUCAUGAUGACAGGAAAAUCAGAUGACAGUGUUUAUAGACAAUCAAAGAUUCUCAACGACUUGAGUAUUGAUGUGAUUACAGUUGGUUUUGGUAAUGCAGACCCCAUGGAAAAGCAGGCCAUUGCCACAGACAACUCUAUGUCCUACAGUGUGGUGGGGAACAGCCUUGGGCAGAUACCACAAGAUAUCAAGGAGAUUAUUGAAACCACGGAGGAAGUAUAUGUUGCCAAUGAAUGCGAACAGUCCACGGUGUCAGACAUUGUAUUCGUUGUGGACCAAUCCAUCGCGAGAGACCACGAAGAAUUUCACAUCGUUCGGAACUUCCUUUACCACAUUGUCGCUGGUCUGGACAUCAGUUCAAACAAAGUUAGGGUUGGGGUAGUGCUAUAUGGUGACACGCCCAAAGCUGAAAUAUACUUGAAUACAUACUUGGAUUCUUACGCCGAUAAAAAGGACAGUGACAAAAAGGAAAUCCUCAAUCAAAUCAAGAGACUUCCACAUAUAAAGGCGACCACUGCAGACACUGCGAAGGCACUGCGCUUUGUAAAAAAUGAUGUUCUCACCGCAGGAAGAGGCAGUAGAUUUGAGAUGGGUGUUCCCCAAGUUGCUGUCGUCAUCACAGCAGGGCCUUUCUCAAGUGAUGUCAGAAGUGCAGCAAUGGAAUUACGGAAGUUCGGGCCUGGGGUUAAAGUCUUUGCUGUGGGAGUGAAAAGUGCCGACUCGAGAGGACUGCAGCAAAUCGCCUCCUAUCCGCUGUCCACCUUCCUGUUCACUGCUGACGUCCUCCCAAAUCUGGCCACCAUACAGAAGUCCUUGAGAACAAGCAUUUGCCAUGUAACAGUAAACCCCCAAAGUAGGAACAGAGUUUUCUAUCCCGGGUUAAGAUCAGUUGGAGCGCCUGGACCAGGCAUCGCUGGGAUUCCUCCUCUCAGAACAAAGUCUUUGAAAACAGGUUGUGUGAAAACAGAGCAAGCAGAUUUGUAUUUCUUGGUUGAUCAAUCUGGAAGCAUUCUUCAACCUGAAUUUGAUGUGAUGAAAAAGUUUAUUGAAGAUUUUCUGGACAUUUUUCAAAUUGGGCCCAAGCAGGUCCGUGUAGGUCUGGUGAAAUUUUCCACCCCAGUGAAAGUUGAGUUUAAUCUUGUGGACACCACAGAUAAGGCCGCAAUUGAAGAAAAAGUCAAAGCCCUUUAUUUGGAUGGGGGAGGGACAUACAUAGGCAAAGCUCUAGAUAAAAUGCAAGAACUAUUUCAACAAGCAAAGCAGGACCGACCAGAUCCAGAGAUACCGAGGAUACUGAUUAUAAUCACUGACGGGAAAUCAGAUGAUGAAAUAGCAAAACCUGCCGCUGAGCUGCGUCAACAGGGAGUCGAUAUCUAUGCAAUAGGUGUCAAAGACGCAGAUAAAGAAGAGCUGUUGGAACUCUCUGAUGAUGAAAAGAAGAUCUUCCCAUUAAGCAGCUGGGAUGCCUUAGCCGAGAUCAAAGACCAACUUGUUCAACGCCUGUGUGCCAAAGAAGCAUGCAAGGAUGCAAAAGCAGAUCUCAUCGCACUGGUGGAAGGUUCAGCCAUGAUUUCACAACCAGACUUCAUCAACAUAAAAAGCUUCAUUAAAAACUUAAUGGAUCAGUUUGAGCUUGGGCAAAAUGCAGUGCGCAUGGGUUUGGUGCAGUAUGGUGCGGAGGCGAAGACAACAUUUCAGCUCAGUGAUAACAAGGCUGAGAUGAUAACAAAAACUGAUGCAAUGGUUGAAUUGGGAGGUCUUCCUUCGACUGGUAAAGCACUCAAGUACGUUUCCCAGAUGUUUGAUCAAUCAAAACUAGGCCGUCCUGGAAUCCCACAAAUCCUGGUGGUCGUAUCUGAGGGGAAGUCGGAGGAUCAAAACAUUAUCGUUGAAGCUGCUGAGAUGUUAAAGAAGCAAGGAGUCAUCAUCUACGCAGUUGGCAUCGGCUCUGCAAAUAGUGACGACAUAUCCAUACUGGGCAGUGGGUGGCAAAACAAGAAUUUUUUCUUGAAGGAUUCAAGUGAACUGAUGUCUUUUUCCGAGAAAAUUGGUUUUGAAGUCUGCCAUGUCAACCAAGGGUGCUUAAUUGACAUGUCGGACAUGAUCUUCCUGGUUGAUGGUUCGCAGGGGGUCAGUAAUGAGCAAUUUCACACAAUGAAGCAUCUCAUGAUUGGACUUGUGAACACUUCGUUUGUUGGAACAAACCAUGUACGAAUUGGAGUCAUCGUGUACUCCACUGAAGCCCACAGCCAGUUCAAGUUGACUACGUAUGACACACACAUCGAGCUUAGAGAGGCCAUAUCAAACAUGAAGCUUAUUGGUGGAGAAGCCGACCUUACUAACGCACUGGAAAACUCAAUAGAUGUUUUCAACAAGGAUGCAAGAAAAGAGUCAGUGAGGCAGGUUCUCAUAGUUAUCGCUAGUGAGGAGGUCACACACCAUGUGGACAAUUUGAAAGAAAUAUCUGCAAAACUGCGUGACAGUGGUGUCAACAUAUUUGGCGUUGGACUGAAGGGGGAUAGGAAUGUUCAGCUUCAAGGUCAGCUGGAAACACUCACCAACAACCCCAGCAGGGUCUUCUAUGCCGAUAACUUCAGUGGCUUGGACAAGGACAUUUCCCAGGGGAUCUGCAAAAUAAAAGUUAAGAAACUUGAUUGCUUAGUGGAUUUGGUUUUUGUCAUGGAUGGAUCCAACAGCAUCAACCCCACAAACUUCACAAGCAUGAAAGACUACAUGAUUGAUUUAGUCAAGUCCUUCCAAAUCGGCCCUGAUUUGACUCAAGUUGGUGUGGUGCAGUUUUGCGACAGAGAUAUCGACAUACGACACGAACUCCUCCUCAAUGAAUCCCACAAUGCAGCACAGAUUAUCAACAAGAUCGAAAAGGACUGCGAUGUGGACAUUGCGGUUGGAUUUGAUAUCAGCACACGUCAGAUUAAACCCGCUCUCUUCAGCGAGGAAAUCCAGUCAAAGCUGCCGGAAAUCAUCAGCAAACUGGCCUCCCUGCACAAAAUAACAGCGAAGGUUAUCAAGCCAAAAAUCGGCUUCAGCCUGGUGGAUAGAGAAGGAGGGUUGCUGAAGGACAUGCCCUUUGAAGAGUACAAUGCAGCUGUGGUCAGAAAGGUGUUAGACUGGACAACGGAAAAGAACACUUAUUUCAAUACUCAGCUGCUCAAAUAUUUUGCAAGAGUCUUUGAGAAAAGUAAGGCUAGGGUUAAGGUGGUGAUCAUUUUCUCAGAUGGGCUUGAUGAACAAGUGCAGACAUUGGAGGUGGAGUCAGAUCAGCUAAAGAAAAGUGGGAUUAAUGCACUGCUGACUGUGGCACUAAAGGGAGCAAACAGUACCAACGGCCAGCUUCAAAUGGUGGAGUUCGGACGAAGUUUUGGCAACAAACAGCGUUAUUCUAUUGAGAUGCCUAACGUAGCAGAUGCUGUGCAUACCGAUAUCGUUGGUGUGGUGGCGAGAGACUGCUGUAACAUCAGCUGCACAUGUGUCGGCCCCCCGGGACCACCAGGGCCUGAAGGCAGGCCAGGAGAGAAGGGUGAGAAAGGACAGCCUGGAUAUCCUGGAUUCCCUGGAGAUGACGGAAGCCCUGGUGAGCGGGGCCUUCCAGGUCUGAAUGGGACCAAAGGAGACCGUGGAUGCCAAGGAAGAAGAGGUGAAAAGGGUGGACGAGGGUACAGUGGUGAAAAUGGGGAGCAUGGAGAAGCUGCUCUGGAUGGAGUUCAUGGAGAACAGGGUGAUGCUGGAGUAAACGGCAUGGAUGGGGAAAAAGGAGAUCGAGGAAAUCGGGGUUUCCCGGGCAUCAAGGGCGGCCAGGGGGAUUAUGGAGAGAAAGGGUUAAGAGGAGAUCCGGGAGAGCCGGGGAGAGACAACGCAGUCCGCGGCCCCAAGGGAGACCCAGGCAACAGGGGGCCACCAGGAGUCGCAGGGGAAGAUGGCAUUCCUGGAGGAGAUGGGACAGCUGGAUUUGACGGCCCAGAUGGAAGGAGAGGUCCACCAGGAGGACAGGGUACACCUGGAACUGCAGGUGACCCAGGAGAGAGGGGACCCCCUGGGCCUCCAGGACCACAGGGUGAAAGAGGAAAACCUGGUCCCAAUGGCCCAGACGGUUCUCUUGGUUUGCCAGGUCCUCAGGGGCCACCAGGUAAAGAGGGAGAUAAAGGAUCGAGAGGAGCACACGGGAAGAGGGGACCAAAAGGGCCGCAAGGGGAGCUCGGAGACAAGGGAGACCCUGGACGACCAGGCCCCAGAGGACCCUCGGGCAUGGAUGGAAGAGAUGGUUAUGGGCCCCCAGGUGCUAAAGGACAUAAGGGAGAUCCAGGAUUUCCUGGUUAUCCAGGACUGCCGGGUGAAGACGGGGUGAAGGGGAAAGCUGGAAAGCCUGGGCCAAAGGGUAACCAAGGGAGAGGGGGCAUUGCUGGGAGACCUGGUGACCCCGGUGACCCUGGAGACUAUGGAUUUGAUGGCCAUGACGGUCCCAGGGGGCCUCCAGGGAGUCCACCAGAGAUUUGCGAGCUCCUGCCUUAUAUACGUGAUAACUGUGGACAUAAAGAGUGCCCAGUCUAUCCUACUGACCUGGUCUUCGCCCUGGACAUGUCCCAGAAUACGCCGCGACUCGCUUUCGAGCGGAUGCGCAACGCCACCGUGGACCUGCUGCAGGACAUUGCCAUCACACACAGCAACUGCCCACGAGGCGCUCGGGUAGCCGUGGUCUCCUACAACGCUGUCACCAACCAGCACAUCCGCUUCUCGGACUUCAAAAGCAAGGAGAAGCUCAUUCAGGCUGUAAGAAGCAUCGCCCAUGAGGGCUAUCCGGGCCAGCGCAACAUUGGUGAGGCCAUGCGGUUUGUGGCACGGCACGUGUUUAAGCGCACAAGACAGGGUGCUCUGGCAAGGAAGGUGGCAGUUUUCUUCUCCGAUGGACCGUCUGCAGACGCGACCGCCAUCAACACGGCCAUGCUGGAGCUGAAAGCCUCCGGAAUCCAAGCUGCUGUCGUCACCCUUGGGGACGCGCCAAAUGUCCGACGUGCAUUUCAGGCAGAUGACACUAAAAGCUUCAUAAUGCAGUCUCUGAAUGAGAGAGAAGGAGGAAGAGGGGAUGAGAGGGAGCACUACCAUUCCCACCUGAGGAGGAUCCAGCACUGUGCCAUCUGCUAUGACUUCUGUCAGCCUGAUUCUGAAUGUGAGGACAUAGACCUUAGGAGAUUGAAUGUAGACAUGGAACUCGAUCUGAGUCUGCUGGUGGACGGCUCGGAGACAAUGAGAGCGGACGAGUACAUGGCCGUGAAAGAGCUGCUGGCAUCAGUACUGGAGAACAUCCAGUUCAGCCAAAAGCCAGCGGGCUCAGACAAGCAGGCGCGCGUGGCCCUGUACCAGGCGCUGCCCCCCGAGCUGCUGCGAGACACCCCGGUGCAGACGGAGUUCGACUACACGGCGUACACCAACAGCGAGGACAUGCGGAAGCACAUGCUGGAGGACGUGCACCAGCUGGGGGGCUCCGGGGGCCUGGUGCGCGGCGUGGAGUGGAUCGUGGCCAAGGGCCUCCCCGCCGUCCCCAACCCCCGCAAGAACAAGCUGAUCCUGGCCGUGGUGAGCGGCGCGACCGGAGAGAGGGACCGCGCCAAGCUGGAGGAGGCGUCGCGGCUGGCCAAGUGCCGAGGGGUGGCGGUGGCCACGCUGAGCACUGGGGACGUGUACAGCGGCGAGAUGGAGACGCUGGCUAGCGCGCCGCGGGACCAGCACGUCAUCCACCUCGGGCAUGCCAGCAAACCGGAGCGGCAGUAUGCACAGCGCUUCCUGCAAAUGCUCAUCGGCACGUUGAAAAGCGGGUUAAAGGAUUAUCGUGAGCCACAGAUGUGCAGUACACCUGGUGUACGGGCAGCAUACAGACUACCAGACGAGAGUGCCCCUGUCCCGUUGUACCAGAGACAAAGGGAGGACCUCCAGCCUCUUCACACACUUCAACACUUACCUCCAUCACACAACGUGACCAAGCCAGUAAGAAGAAGGCCUGCGGGAGCCAAUGGUGCGGCAAGACCCCAGGGCUCCGCCCACGGCACACACCGGAGAAUGCCAAUCAAGAAGGUCAUUAGGCCGAAAUUAUGAUGACUCACGGACAGUCGCCUGACACGGGUGGAAAUGAAAACUGGUUCUGAAGGACUGUUGAGGAAAUGUACUGAUAAUCACUGAUGUCUAUAAGAGAUGUCUUAAAAGAGAUUAAGUAAAAUCUCCAAGAUAAAUAGAUUUUUCAAAAUAUUGAAGAGAAAAUGAUGAAUCUGUGUGAUCCAAUUAUGUAUGAAGAAUGUAAGGCUGAAUCGUCUGUUUCUACAUGUAAAUUCAGGGUUAUUGGUCAUAAAAAGUGACUU